AUGGCUGCCGCAUCAAACUACUUCCCCGUGGCCAACCCAACUCUGCCAUUCUGGCACUCAGAGGAGGACUCGUUCAAGAACCUCAGAUCGACGCCAGAGCUUCCUCAGGAGACAGACAUCCUCAUCAUCGGCGGCGGGUACGCCGGCGCUGCCGUCGGGUACUGGACGUACAAGGAGGCAGGCAGCACGCCUCCUAAGGUGCUGAUGCUCGAGGCGAGAUUCAUCGGCUCGGGCGCCACCGGGAGAAACGGAGGCCACCUGAAGCCCGACUACUACAGAGAGUACCUCAGCUUCGAGAAGCGGUUUGGUCAGAAGGACGCAGCGUCGAUCGGAAACUUCGAGCACGACCACCUUGCUGCGUUGAAGGAGGCCAUCGAGGACCUGAACAUCGACUGCGACUUUGUGCUCACGAGAGCGUGCAACGUGCAUCUCACGAAGGGCGCUGUCGCCGGGUGUUUGAAGGCCAUGCAGGCCUUGCGCAAGAACCCCUACACCAAGGUGUUGAACGACAUCCAGGUGCAGUUCGGCAGCAACGCCGAAAUUACCUCGAUCUGCGAGGACUCGCCGCUCUCUCUCACGUUUACCGCCGGCCACUUGUGGCCCUACAAGAUGGUCAAGGGCUUCCUGCAGUACUGCAUCGAGAAGGGCAUGAACGUGCAGACUUACACGACCGUCACGAGCAUCGAGAAGCAGAAGGACGGCUCCUACAUCGUGCACACCAACCGGGGCAGUGUCAAGACCAAGAAGGUCGUCCUGGCCACCAACGCGUACACCGCUGGACUUGCGCCCGAGUUCGAGGACAGGAUCAUCCCCGUGAAGGGCACGUGCUCGCACAUCAAGGUGCAGGAUGGCGACAAGCCGGCGCCAUACCUCUCCAACACUUACGGGAUCUGCAGAGACUUCACCAACCACGAGUACCUCAUCAACAGACCCGACGGCACGGUCAUUGUCGGAGGUGCCAAGCCGUACUACUUGAAGGACAAGGACGCGUGGUACAAGAACGUCGACGACUCGACCCUCUUUGCCGGCGACGUCAAGGGCUGGUACGAGACCUUCAUGCAGAACCACUUCUACACCUGGAAAGACGCCAAGACCGAGGUCGACUACCUCUGGACAGGCAUCCUCGGCUACUCCGCCGACGCCUUGCCUUGGAUCGGUGAGUCGCCCGACCAGUCCAACAAAUACAUCAUCGGUGGCUUCCACGGCCACGGCAUGCCUCGUAUCUUCUUGAGCGCCAAGGCCAUUGCGCAGAUGAUGCUCAACAACGUCCCUGUGCAGAUGACCGACAUUCCUGUUCCCUUCAUGCUGACCGCCGAGCGCUUGAGAAACGCUAGGAACACCGUCCUCAAGGACACCGGUUUCUCCAAACUCUAG